GGAAGUGGCGCGUCCCGGAAGAGAAACGUGAGGUUGUCUGUGUCCGCUGUUUCGAGAGUAAUGAUGCGGGUGUGCUGGUUGGUGAGACAGGAUAGCCGGCACCAGCGAAUCAGACUUCCACAUUUGGAGGCAGUGGUGGUUGGGCGUGGCCCAGAGACCAAGAUCAUUGACAAGAAAUGUUCUCGACAGCAAGUACAGUUGAAAGCAGAGUGUAACAAAGGAUAUGUCAAGGUAAAGCAGGUAGGGGUCAAUCCCACCAGCAUUGAUUCAGUCAUAAUUGGGAAGGACCAAGAGGUGAAGCUGCAGCCUGGCCAGGUUCUCCACAUGGUGAAUGAACUUUAUCCAUAUAUUGUAGAGUUUGAGGAAGAGGCAGAGAGCCCUGGCCUGGAAACACACAGGAAGAGAAAGAGGUCAGGCAACAAUGAUUCUAUAGAAAGGGGUGCUGCCCAGGAAGCUGACUCCCAUACAGGACUGGAACCUGGGAGUGACCCUGGCCAAUGCUCUGUGCCCUCAAAGAAGGAGAAAGAUGCAUCUACCAAAAAGGAAUCAUUGGGCCACUGGAGUCAAGGCUUAAAAAUUUCUAUGCAGGAUCCCAAAAUGCAGGUUUACAAAGAUGAGCAGGUAGUGGUGAUUAAGGAUAAAUACCCCAAGGCUCGUCACCACUGGCUGGUCUUACCAUGGGCUUCCAUUUCCAGUCUGAAGGCUGUGACCAGGGAACAUCUUGAGCUCCUUAAACACAUGCACACUGUGGGGGAAAAGAUGAUUACAGAUUUUGCUGGGUCCAGCAAACUCCGCUUCCGAUUGGGUUACCAUGCCAUUCCCAGCAUGAGCCAUGUACAUCUUCAUGUGAUCAGCCAGGAUUUUGAUUCUCCUUGCCUCAAAAACAAAAAACAUUGGAAUUCUUUCAAUACAGAAUACUUCAUAGAAUCGCAAGCUGUGAUAGAGAUGGUACAGACCGCUGGCAGAGUGAGUGUCCGAGAUGGGAUGCCUGAGCUCUUGAAGCUGCCCCUCCGUUGUCACGAGUGCCAGCAGCUGCUGCCUUCCAUUCCUCAGCUGAAAGAGCAUCUCAGGAGACACUGGCCAAAGUGAUUCUGUGGAGCCUGAACUUUUGCAGCAGGUGUGGCUGAUUGUUUAGAGCAAAUUUCUGGCACCUGUU